UUCGUUGCCGCUUGAGUGGCCAACAUUCUCUAUCCUUCCGGCUGCUCCCGGCCUUCGUUGCCACUCGCUUGUACGGGGCACGUCGGCAAUGGCGCCCGCGGAGCCCGCCGUCGCAGCUGCCACGACCACGACAGCAACGCUGCCGCCGCCGCCGCCGCCGCCGCCGCCGCACUUCGUCCUCGUCCCCUUCGUGGCGCAGGGCCACAUCAUCCCGCUGGUCGACCUCGCGCGCCUCCUCGCGGAGCGCGGCGCGCGCGCGAGCGUCGUCACCACGCCGCUCAACGUCGCGCGGCUGCGCGGCGUCGCGGAGCAGGCCGCGCGCGUCGGGCUGCCCCUCGAGCUCGUGGAGCUGCCCUUCCCGCCGCCGGGCUCCGGUCUGCCCGACGACUGCCAGAACGCCGACAUGGUCGCCGACAACUACCAGUUCCUCCCCUUCUUCUUCGCGCUGCCCGAGCUCGCCGGCCCGUUCGAGGCCUACGUGCGCGCACUGGCGCCGCGCCCGAGCUGCAUCAUCGCCGACUGGUGCAACCCGUGGACGGCCGGCGUGGCCAAGAGCCUCGGCAUCCCGCGGCUGUUCUUCCACGGGCCGUCGUGCUUCUUCUCCCUCUGCGACCUCCAGGCCGCCAACCACGGGCUGCACGAGCGGAUUGCCACGGGCGGCGACGAAGACCAGCACGCCGUGCCGGAAGUGCCCGUGCCUGUUACGGUGACGAAAGCCACCGCCCCUGGUUUCUUGAACCACCCAGCGACCGAGGUGCUGCGCGACGAGGCCAUGGAGGCCAUGCGCACGGCCGAUGGCGUCGUCGUGAACACGUUGCUGGACCUCGAGGCCCAGUUCGUCGCGUGCUACGAGGCGGCGCUGGGCAAGCCGGUGUGGGUGGUCGGCCCGCUCAGCCUCUGCAACCGGGACGUGGAGUCCACGGCGUCGCGCGGCAAGACGGCCGCCGCUGGCCGCCAGCAGGCGAUCACGGCGUGGCUGGACGAGCAGGCCCCCGGCUCCGUUGUGUUCGUCAGCUUCGGCAGCAUCACGCGCAAGCUCCCGAGGCAGCUGUUCGAGGUCGGCCACGGCCUGGAGUACUCCGGCAGGCCGUUCAUCUGGGUGGUGAAGGAGCCCGAGGCGGCCGCGCCGGAGGUGCGAGAGUGGCUGGAGGCCCUAGAGGCGCGCACGGCGGGGCGAGGCCUCGUGGUGCGCGGGUGGGCACCGCAGCUCGCCGUCCUGUCCCACCGCGCCGUCGGCGGGUUCGUCACCCACUGCGGCUGGAACUCGCUGCUGGAGUCCAUCGCGCACGGCGUGCCGGUGGUGACGUGGCCGCACUUCGCGGACCAGUUCCUGAACGAGCAGCUGGCCGUGAGCGUGCUCGGCGUGGGGGUGCCGGUCGGCGUGACGGCGCCCGUGAUGAUAUUCGACGACGACACCGUGGCGGUGCCGCGGGAGGACGUCGUGCGGGCGGUGUCGGCGCUGAUGGGCGGAGGGGCGGAGGCCGAUGGGAGGAGGAGGAAGGCCAAGGAGUACGCGGAGAAAGCUCGCAGGGCCAUGGAGAAAGGAGGGUCGUCGUACGAGAACCUGACGCAGCUCAUUGAAAGCUUCAGGCAAAGUGGUGGCAAAGAAGGCUAAUCUUAAAACCCGGAAAGAAAGAAGGAAAGAAAGAAAGAGAUUACCCUCUGCAAUGGCAGUACGGAUGCAGAAGCUUGUUAUGUUCAGUGCUAUCAACGUUGUGUCCUGUAACUUUGAGUGAUUUAUGUCCAUUGUUUCUAUUUUUCACUCAA